AUGGAGCUUCCCUCGGGAACUGAACCAUUUCAGCUGGAGCAAGCUUUCUGCAGUCAUGGCUUCUUCAUGAUGCCACCCAACCACUGGAAUCCUCUCUCCAAAACCCUAACUCGUCCACUCCAUAUUCACAACCUUUCUUCUUCUUCUUCCCUCCUCGUUUCCCUUUCCCAGCGCCCCCGAUCUCUCGCUGUUAGGGUUCAUGGCGCUCAGGUUUGCAGAAUGCUGCGGUUGUCCGAAGCGGAGGAAAAGACUAUGAGAGAGCAGAAGCGUGCACUCUGA